AUGCAAGGAGUGCUGAUCCAAGGUUGCGGUCUGUUCCGCAAUCCUCUUUCUUCGGGUUCUAUCAGAGUCCCCUAUUGCUCCGUAGGAUCCUUCCCUUAUCUGCCUGUUUCAAUGAUUUCAGCCCAUCGCUGCCACCGUAUCCGUGCUACUCAAGGCGUUUUGUUCUACACUCUGCCUCAACUCUUUGCUAGCACAUAUACACCAGCCUCGCUGAGCAAGCUUCUAAAGUCUGGAUUCUUAAUUGGCAUGGCAACCUAA